GUCCGAACAUUCGUUCCUGGUUCCCAUUUACAAGUUCUCUAUAUAUACAUUCACCUUCGAAGCUAACAGUACACAAAAAAACACAAAACAGUUUGGUUUCCAAAGUCCUUCAUUUCAUGAGCAUAUAUAUAUGUUGUUCAAACAACAACAAAACCUUUCACAAUUAUCCAAAGUGAUAUGAGUUUUGCCCCAAUCUUAAGUAGAAUCAGUCUUGUUCAAUCAUAUUCUGUGGUCUUUCUAUAUUGGUUCUACUCAGUUUCUUGAACUUUUGUGUAGUCUUGUAGAUAUAUAUAUAUAUAAUAUACACAUUUGUAUAUCAUUCAAAUAGGAAAACAUUUAACUAGAAGCAUAUCAUGUCAUCAAAGGAUUACAACAACUUAAAGGUGGAUGAGAAGAAGAUGAAGAGAAUGAUCUCGAACCGAGAAUCGGCAAGGAGGUCUAGAAUGAAGAAAGAACAACACAUGAAGGAUCUCAAUGACCAAAUCUUUUACUUCACUAGAAAGAGAGAUGAAUUGUUAGUGAAAAUCGAAGGAACCGAGAAAGCGAAUGCGGCGAUGGAGAUGGAGAACAUGGUUUUGAGAUCGAAAAAACAAGAGUUGGAGAAAAGAUUGGAGUAUGCAAACUAUGUUUGUGGUUGGUAUGAAGGUGAUGGUGAUGGUCAUGUGUCAAUGAGUGUUGUUCAAGAACCAUGGUUAAGGCCAUGGGAGCAGAAGCAGCCUUCUAACUCAUUGUCUGUUAUGUCAUCAUCUGCUGGAUUUACCAUCUUUUGAUUCUUGUUAUUGCUUUUUUAGUAUUGUUGGAUUUAACUUUUUCAAUGAUGAUAUUGUUUGUCAAAAUGUGGAUAGGGUUGGUGGUAUGUGUUGAUCUUUUAUGGAUGGAAGUGGGGUUGUGGUUUAGAUUCUGUUGUUAUGGGUUGUGAUGUGUAAUCACCACCUUUUUUAGUAUUUUCGAAUGUUUCGUUUUUCUUUUCUUGUUUAAUUAAUUUUGUACGCACAUUAUUUUUUACAUAUAUAAAGAAAUUGUAAGUUAUUUUA